AUCACUCAUUAAAGUGGCCAGGCCCACUAUGCAAAAUACAUAGCUAUUUCCCCAGAUUAACCCACACCCUGGUCCUGGUGACACCUUUUGCCUCUUUCCAGCUAAGAGGCGAUGUCACUUUGGGAGGAGCCCGGAUUCCAAGUGGCCCUUUGGAUGCUACGGGAAAGGCGGGGCAGGGCGCAGCCUUCCGGCCCUAGACUCAUCAGUAGGAGAAAGGAGAUGGGAUGAAUGUGGGGAAUGAGCGAGCGCCCUCCCUCUGGCGUUCCGCAGUGCCUGGCGCGGCGGCGCACGCUCACUCGGCUUGAUAGGCGGGCGGGGCAGCGCUGACGUCAUUCACGCCCCCCCCAGCAGAGGGGCGGUGGCCGAGCUGGCUACUCCGAGCGCAUUGAUGGACAGAGGGACAGAGAGACAGCGGGACCAGCAGGCACACGUCCAGGCCAUGCCCGGGGAGGCUGCGCGCGCUGAGUUACUGCUGCCCGAGGCUGGAGGGCCAGGAUCUCGCACAGAUCUCUCAUGUGAUGCAGCCAUUGCCACCAUCCUGAAAGGGGACCAACGGGAGCCCCUUGCCCUGACCCCACCAGGGCCCAGCCCCCUGGCCCUCACACUCCUGUCCAGCAAGCCAGGCGCGAGGCCCCAGCCUGAGGGAGCCAGCUGGGAUGCAGGGCCCAGUGGGGCUGCCUCAACCUGGGUGGACCCAGCAGAGGGCAGCCCAAGUCCAGGGGUCCUCUCUGAGGGCCUGCCUCUCCAGUCUUUGCCUGCUGAAGUCCCUCUCCCCACCACCCUGGAGCCCCGCAUCGUGAUGGGUGAGGAGACUUGCCAGGUCAUCCCUUCAGCCAGGGCAGCCUGGUCAGUGCUCAGGGACCCGGAGGGUGGGCACACCGCCCUGCAGCCACCUCCGGAGCCGCGUUCUCAGGGUGAUCCUCCUGUGCCUUCCCCUCCCCCUGACCUUGAUUCCUACUUCACACCACCCUCGACUCCCACCAGAACCACCUACGCCCUGCUCCCUGACCAUGGGCCCCACAGGGAUGCCUGGGACCUGGAGGCCGAGCUGCUGGAUGAGUUGCUGGACUCAUCUCCAGCUUCCCCCUCAGGCUCCUACAUCACAGCCGAUGGGGACAGCUGGGCCUCCUCACCUUCCUGUUCCCUCAGCCUGCUGGCCCCAGCUGAAGGGCUGGACUUUCCCUCCGACUGGGGCCUCUCCCCAUCAGGGUCUGUGGUAGACGAACUAGAGCCACACCCCACAGAGUAUCCGGAGCCCCGAUCCUCCGAGUCUAGCCUCUCAGCCGACAGCAGCUCUUCCUGGAGUCAAGAGGGCCAUUUCUUUGACCCGACCUUCUUGGCCAACGACCCGAUGAUCCCUGCCGCCCUACUACCCUUCCGGGGCAGCCUCAUCUUCCAGGUGGAAGCUGUGGAGGUGACCCCACUGUCCCAAGAGGAGGGGGAAGAGGAGGCAGCUGCUGGUGCCGCCACCCCGGACGGAGACCUGGCUGGAGAGGCUGAGGACGACAGCACGUCUGCCUCCUUCCUGCAGUCACUGUCUGAUCUGUCCAUCAUUGAGGGCAUGGAUGAGGCCUUCGCCUUCCGCGAUGAUACCUCGGCGGCCUCCUCUGACUCGGACUCAGCUUCCUACGCAGGGGCGGAUGACGACGACGGGCUGUACAGUGAGGAGCCCCAUGCCCAGCCCAGUGCCCAGAGUAGAGAGCAGGAGCACAGAGGCAGGACCUCGUUUCAGGGGGCAGAGUUCAUGCCUCAGAUUUCUGAGCCAGAAGCCUGUCUGACCAAUAGCCAGGAAUCGAUUGCAGAAAUAGCAGAAGAGGCCCCAACUUUAGGCAUGGGGUCUGAGGCUACUGUGCCCCUUCCUGACCUGCAAGCAGCUCCAGGCCCCCAGGUGGAGGAAGCUACCACAGUCACCCCGAGGGUGGAGAACAAAGUUGACUCAGCUGCUCUACAAGCACCCAGGGCCCUGCCUGAGCCCUGCCGGAAGGGGAUGAGCACGACCUUAGGAUGUAAGACUGUCACUGCAGAGACCAUUCUAGACUUGCAGGAAGUAGCAAGCCCCACCCUGUAUCCAAUCCUUCCUGCUAACUUGAAGGAAGGAGGCCAGGGCCUUCCCUCCACACCAGAGUAUGUGGCUGUGGGUUCAGUGAGGUCCCAGAAGGUUGAGGGAGGUGUCACAAUACCCCAGGACCUCCCUAUGACACUAUCUCCAUUCUUGCAAGGUGUAGAUCCCACCUCAGGCCCAGAGGCUGUGGAGGUAGUCACUCUGAGACUCCAGUGGGAUGAAGGAUGUGUCAUAGCACUCCAGGAGGUCCCUGCAGGAUCACCUCCACCCCUACCAAGUACAAAGCCCACCUCAGGCCCAGAGUCUAGGGCUGUGGCUACAUGUGGGCCCCAGCAGGCUAAGGAAGGCAGCACAGCACCCCAGGACUCCCCCACGGCAUCAACCCCACCCCUGCAAGGCUCAGAGCCCACCUCAGAACCUGAGGCUGUGGUCACAUUGGAGUCCCAGCAGGAUGAAGGGAUUGCCACAGCACCCCAGGACUCCCCCACGGCACCAACCCCACCCCUGCAAGGCUCAGAGCCCACCUCAGACCCAGAACCUGAGGUCACAUUGGGGUCCCAGCAGGAUGAAGGGAUUGCCACAGCACCCCAGGACUCCCCCAUGGCAUCAACCCCACCCCUGCAAGGCUCAGAGCCCACCUCAGACCCAGAACCUGAGGUCACAUUGGGGUCCCAGCAGGAUGAAGGGAUUGCCACAGCACCCCAGGACUCCCCCAUGGCAUCAACCCCACCCCUGCAAGGCUCAGAGCCCACCUCAGACCCAGAACCUGAGGUCACAUUGGGGUCCCAGCAGGAUGAAGGGAUUGCCACAGCACCCCAGGACUCCCCCACGGCACCAACCCCACCCCAGCAAGGCUCAGAGCCCACCUCAGAACCUGAGGCUGUGGUCACAUUGGAGUCCCAGCAGGAUGAAGGGAUUGCCACAGCACCCCAGGACUCCCCCACGGCACCAACCCCACCCCUGCAAGGCUCAGAGCCCACCUCAGACCCAGAACCUGAGGUCACAUUGAGGUCCCAGCAGGAUGAAGGGAUUGCCACAGCACCCCAGGACUCCCCCAUGGCAUGUCUAUCCCCGCAAGGCUCAGAUCCCACUCCAAACCCAGAAUCUGAGCUUGCUGUCACACUGGGACCACCGCAGGCCAAGGGGGGUGUCACCAUACCCCAGUUAGCUCCAGCAGCAUCACCUUCACCUCUGCAAAACUUAGAUUCAAUGUCAGACCUACAACCUGAGGCUGUGGUCACAAUGGGGUCCCAGCAGGCUAAAGGCAGUGCCACUGCACCCCAGGACACCCUUGUGGUGGCACCUCCGUCCCUUCAAGGUACAGAUUCCACCUCAGAGCCAGAGCUGAUAGUCCAAGACACCUCUCCGGCACUGCAAAGAGAAACAUGCUACACCCCAGAGACUAAGCCUUCAGCCUCUGAGGCCCAUCAGGAGUUAGGUGUGGCUUUAGGACCAAAGCCAGUGCCUGAGGAGCAGGGUUCAGAAGCCCCUCUAGAUCCAGCUCUCCCUGCUUCAAACCAAGCCCAACAGAACGGCUCCCAGCCAGCUGUAAACACAGACAGCCCUGGGGCUCCAGAAGAGUCCUGCCCCACCUUGAGCACAAUGGUCUCUGAGCCCACAUCUUGUCUGGGAGAGAAUGUAGCUGAGAGCAUGCCUGCACUCAGGCAAGGAGCAUGUCUUGAAGCCCACGAUGGGGUCAAGACCAGCUCGCCUCAAAGACAGGUCCCCAAGAACAAGCGGGGUAGGGGCCCCAAACCACCAGGGCAGGGAAAUGGAACCAAGUCAGCAUCCCAAGGAGCAGGGGAGACUUCCAAGGCACAGUCCGCUGCAUGUGCUGAGGUCAGCCAAACACAGCAGAUGAGCUCAGCUGGAGAGGGGAGGGGCCUGAGCAGCAAGGACACCUUGGGCCCCAAGCUUCCUGUGGCUCUAUGUGUGCAAGCCAGGCUAGGCUCCUGCCCAGGCUCCCCAGCAGGGGCCACAUGCACGCUGAGCAGAGUCCACUCUGAAGAGACUGCCAGGGCUGCACCAUCCUUUGAGCAGCUGGAGCCCGUGCUAACCCUGGGUAGCAGAGAACAGCCUCAGACGACCCCAGGUGCCCUUAAUCCUUUCCCCGCAAACUCUGCCAGUGACCUGCCCACCACAUCCCAGGGCAGGCCCCUGGAUCCUGACCCUCCUGCUCCCAGCGCCCUCGACAGGGCAUCCCAAACAUCCCCGGGGCCCCCAGCUCCCUGCCUGUGCCCCACUUCCCAGAAAGCCUACGUGGAGGAUUCCCCAGCCUCUGGAGGUCUGAUGCCUCGGGCAGGAGCCCAGGGAGCUGCUGCCAUUACCACCUCAGGAUCCACAAUGCCUCUGGGGGCCCGGCAGCGUGUCAACCUCUCGCCUCACUGCACCCUCAACCCCAAGGUGACCCCCACAGAUGCCAAAGACCUGGCUUGCAUCAUCUCAAGCCCCUGCCAAGUGCCUCCUCCCUCUGGGACCCAGAACCCAUCUGGCCCUCGAGGGUUCACAGCCCAUGAACAAGAGGACGAGGACAGCCUCGAGGAAGACUCACAGAGGGCCCCAGGCUCCGGCCAGCAUUCGGAUAGCCGUGGGGAGUCGCCAACUGAGCUGGAUGAGCAAGAUACCCCACCUCAGAAAGGGCAGUGCCCGGCACAGGGCCCAGCAGGCAGCAACGACGACACCACUGCCAAAGCCAAGCAAAGCCGCAGCGAGAAGAAGGCUCGAAAGGCUAUGUCAAAACUGGGCUUACGGCAGAUUCAGGGAGUCACCAGGAUCACCAUCCAGAAGUCCAAGAACAUCUUGUUUGUCAUUGCCAAGCCAGAUGUCUUUAAGAGCCCCGCCUCGGACACCUAUGUGGUCUUUGGUGAGGCCAAGAUCGAGGACCUGUCCCAGCAGGUGCACAAAGCGGCAGCAGAGAAGUUCAAGAUGCCCUCAGAGUCCUCAGCCCUGGUCCCUGAGCUGGCCCCUGGGCCCCGGGUGAGGCCAGAGUGUGAGGAGCAGGAGGAGGACGAGGAGGUAGAGGAGGCUGGCCUAGAACUUCGCGACAUUGAGCUGGUGAUGGCCCAGGCCAAUGUGUCCAGGGCAAAGGCCGUGCGGGCACUGAGGGACAACCACAGUGACAUUGUCAAUGCCAUCAUGGAACUGACGAUGUAGUACUGACUGGAAGCUCGGGCCGUUCUGCCUCCUCCCAGCUCUGUUGCCCAAUAAACCGGUGUCACAUCA